AUGAGCUGGAUUUACCUCAGAUACUGGCAGAGGAAGCCAGAAACAAAGCUCAAGGGUGAUCCCAAUGAGGAUUUUGCAUUCUCUACCUUUUCCCCAGAGUUUUUAAGACUAGUAAUAGACCCUGUUGCGUCAAUAUUUCACCGAAUGCUCUGUGGAAGAUCUGAUGCCUCUAAUGAUUUCGAAGGCUACACUUUGGGAGGUGAACCUAUGCUAGGUUCUGACCCCAUUGAGGCAUCUAGGAGAAGGGAAAGAGGUGCCCGAGCACUGGAAGAAAGGUUGGCUGCUGAGAGGUUGGCUACUUCACACAAUGCAGGGGAAUUGCAAACAGAUGCUGCAGGAAAUGUAUAA